AUGGCGCCCCUUGCCGCCCGCGACACUUCUUCGCAGUCGACGCACAAUCCUGACGCGAGCCACGACAUGAUGGAAGAUCCGAGCAGCUCUGUACGCAUGUCUGCGGAGAUACCUCUACUUUCAGGGCAUCUGUCUGUUGAUAAGUCUCUAGCCGUCGCAUCUGGGCCAGGUUCGUGGUUUCGAAAGCGCCGCAAACCCCAUCUCGAUGCCAUUGCUACCCAGCCUUCGGUGUUCGAUGACCCAGAAACUGCAAAGCACCACCAGCCACGACCAGACUGGGAGAAUAUACAUCGCUUCGAUCCGACUGCAAGGUGGAGUUGGAGUGAGGAGUAUACCAUCGUUCGCAAAAUAGACUACAAGAUCAUGGCGUUUACCUGCUUGAUGUUCAUGGUGCUGGAACUCGACCGAGCCAAUCUGACGCAGGCCGUCACCGACAACUUCUUGGAUGAUCUCGGGUUCAGCUUCCUCUGCGCCGAGCUGCCCUCUCAGCUGAUUUCGAAGUGGUUGGGUCCAGAUCGAUGGAUCCCAACGCAAAUGGUGCUCUGGAGCCUCAUUGCCUGCAGCCAAUUCUGGCUAUCUGGCCGCGGCUCUUUCCUCCUCACGCGCGGAUUGCUGGGGAUGAUGCAGGGCGGCUUCAUAGCCGACAUCGUCCUCUAUUUGUCGUACUUUUACACCCAUGCAGAAUUGUCUAUUCGUCUUGGAUUCUUCUGGACUGCGGGAUCUGUGGCGGACAUCAUCGCCAGCUUCCUCGGUGCCGGCUUACUGCGCCUCCGAGGAGUCGGCGGUCUUGCAGGCUGGCGAUGGCUCUUCCUGAUAGAAGGGCUGAUCACGCUAUCAAUCGGUUUCUUGGCGUUUCCCCUGAUGCCUCCGGGGCCUUGCGAAACGGCGGGCUGGUUCCGUGGUGCCCAAGGCUGGUUCACGGAGCGUGAAGAGGUCAUCAUGACAAAUCGCAUACUGAGGGAAGACCCCAGCAAAGCCGGUAUGCACAAUCGCGAGCCAAUUACGCCUAAGCUACUCUGGCAGAGCAUAACCGACUACGAUCUCUGGCCGCUCUACCUGCUGGGCCUCAACUUUGAAACACCCAUGACAACGCCGCAGCAAUACUUGACGCUGAUUCUGCGGGGCUUCGGCUUCAGCACACUCACCACGAACCUCCUCGUUGUCCCCGCACAGGUCGGACACAUCAUCACCAUGCUGCUGUUCGCUUACUUGGCCGAAGUGGUCGGCCAGCUCUGGCUAUUUGGACUCCUCGCCCAAUUCUGGCUACUGCCGCUCGUGGCGGUCAUCUACACGUACGACCUCAAUGCUAUGAACCGGUGGCACGCGUGGGCAAUACUCACGGUGCUGCUGGCAUGUCCCAACAUCCACGCCAUCCAGGUAGGAUGGAACUCCAGGAACUCCAAUUCGGUCAGGAGCAGAACUGUCAGUGCGGCGCUCUACAACAUGGCGGUGCAGACCUCAGGCAUUAUCGCCAGCAACAUCUACCGAGAAGACGACAGGCCGCGGUACAUCCGCGGCAAUCGCGUUCUGUUGAUACUGUGCUGUGUUAACAUCGUGCUUUAUAUCUCUACCAAGGCGUACUAUACCAUGCGGAAUCGGCACAAGGAGAAGCGAUGGAGGAGGAUGACGGACAGUCAGAGGGCGCGGUACCUGGAGACCAGCAAGGAGAAGGGGAACAAGAGGCUGGAUUUCCGGUUUGCAUCAUAG